CGCGGCAUCUCAAACUCACUCCUCCAGGUUGCUUUCCCCAUAAUUUUUCUCAACGCGUCUCAUUGCGCGUGGGAACCUAAUUGCUGCGAGCGAGCCAGCGACCAACCAUGGCUUGCAUAGGAACCUCCAAAAUGCUUUGAAUUCAAAACCCACCACCAUGCUUUUUCAAUUUACCAGAUCUGAUGCUGCGUCUCAUUUCAUUUCUUGUUUCUAACGAUGCUUUCUUUUUCUCAGACUUUGAAGCCCCGUCUUCACCAUCACCACCGUCGUUCAAAGCUCUUCCGAUGGCCUCCGCGGGUCGCCAAACCCGUACAUACGACGACUUUCAUCAAUUCUUCGAUGAUGUGUUUUUAUGCAGAUUCGUAUUACGAUGUCAAGCUUAGAGUGCCGAAGGUUCAUAAAACCCGCCGCCAUCGAACGUGUAGUGUUACUGAAGUUAGAGCCUUCGAUCAGGAUUCAUUUGAUUUUGACAUACCCUCACUCGACCACUUCAGCGACAAUGAGGGGACUGGUGCUGGAUUUGGGCUUCCAUCCAGUGAUGGCGAAGACAGCGAUCCAGAGAUCAUACUAAAUCCAGUUUCAGAUGUUGAUUUGCCUGCUGUAUCAGUGCAACAUAAUGAUGCUUUGACGGUGACUGCUCACCGUAUGGCAAUGCUUAGUAGAGGACGUCAUAAAUAUAGGAUCAGGCACGGACUUUUUACAAAUACAGGGCUGAUAGCUUUCUUGAUGAUCCUUCUUCUCUAUGUGGAUUGGUGUGCAUGGCGAACUGUUCGACUUCCUUUAGGACCAUUUCACAUGACUGGCCCCUUUUUGACAUCGGCCUGCUUAGCCUCGUGUGCAGGCUAUAUUUGUGUUCCACUACUCUAUCAGCUUAAGGCUUACCAAAUUACGAGGCAAGAAAGACCUGUUAGACAUGCAUUAAAGAGAAAGACGCCUACUAUGGGUGGAUUGUUUUUUGUGCCAAUUGGUAUAGCUGUUGCUAAACACUUUGCUGGUUUUUCUUCCACUGAAGUUUCUGGAGCAUCAGUGGCAACGUUAGCAUUUUUUGCCAUUGGACUGGUAGAUGAUAUCUUAAGCCUGAUCAAGAGUCAAAAGUAUGGUUUGUCUGCUUGGAUCAAAAUUUUGUUGCAGGUAGCUGUUGGAAUCUGGUUUUCUUUUUGGCUUCGAGAUGCAAGUAUAUCAUCUCCUUACAGCAUGAAAAUGUUGAUUCCUAUGCCUGCACCUCUUGGCCUUGUAUUCCUUGGAAAAUGCUAUAUGUGGUUGACAUCAUUUUGUUUUGUCUCCAUGGGAAAUGGAAUAAAUCAGACGGAUGGUCUUGAUGGACUAGCUGGCGGGACUGCGGCCUUGGCUUUUAUUGGGAUGGCUAUUGCGGUGCUUCCAAUAUCUUCUGACCUUUCCAUAUUUGGAGCAUCAAUGUCUGGAGCUUGUGUUGGUUUUCUUUUGCACAACCGAUUCAAGGCCUCGGUAUUUAUGGGUGAUACUGGAUCCUUUGCACUCGGUGGAGCAUUAGCCGCAAUGGCUGCCUGCAGUGGAAUGUUUCUCCCACUAUUCAUUUCUUCUCUAGUUUUUGUAUUAGAAACAUCAUCCGUUAUCUUGCAGGUAGUAUACUUCAAGAUGACAACAAAGUUGGAGGGAGCUGGGCGUCGCAUUUUUCAAAUGGUGCCAUUUCAUCAUCACCUGGAGUUAUGUGGGAUCAAAGAACCAUUCAUUGUUGCUGGGGCCUAUACUAUAUCCUCCAUAUUGGCACUGCUUGCAGGUUAUGUUGGCCUUAUUUCAGCAUAGUUGUCUCUCACUCUCUCAACAACAUGUGGAGUGGAAAAAUCGAGUCUCUGUUGUAUGUCUUAACCAAUUGGUCACUGUUAACACCCAAUUUUGUAGUUAGGCUACAAGUUUCCUUUGUUUAUUUGUUUUUCGUUUGCUUUUUCUUUGGUGGGUGUUGCAUGGCCUGUGUUUCUAGAUAUUUGGAUAGUUUUAUUUCAUAUAUUGCUGAAAUUGGUUAGAGUGUUCAAAUUAUAUCCACAUUUAUUUUUAAAUAAAUGAAAUUGUUGCUUAACA